AUGAAAACUGCAACGAAGAAUAUAGCGUCAAUCAAAUGGAACAAUGUGGAAGCUCCUCUUCUCAUACUUUCUUGGCUCAUUUGUAUAGUUAUCGCCAAAACAGGUCGCUUUCAAACUUUUUCGUUUUGAGUUGAACUUUUUCAGCUUUUCAUUCUUCUAAUACUUUGAAACGUUUGUUUCCUGAGUCGGCUGUUCUCAUUGUUUUAGGCCUUACGGCCGGAUAUUUUAUUUACGAAGUAUUCCACAUCGAUCUCUAUCUUCACCCAGGUAGAACUCAGUGGAAAACUUCUCCACAUUUGCUUUCAGAUUUGUUUUUCUUUUAUCUUCUGCCGCCUAUUGUUCUUGAAGCGGGUUAUUUCAUGCCCAGCCAUGAAUUUCUUGCCAACGUGUGGACGAUUUUGUUGUACGCUGUCUUGGGGACUUUGAUGAAUAUAGUGAUGAUAGGGAAGUGA